AUUCAGAAAUCACAAACACCGUCAGAGAAGAAAGCCUAGAAUUACAGAAGAAGAUGAGGAACACCAGAGCAUUGUCGUUGACGUUUUUGCUUCUCUUUGUUUCAGAAUUCUUGUGUGGAAUAGCAUUGGCAGCAGAGGGUUCAUCGACACCGGGGACGGUGAUCGGAAUCGAUCUCGGAACCACGUAUUCUUGUGUGGGAGUGUACAGGAAUGGCAAUGUAGAGAUCAUAGUAAACGACCAAGGCAAUAGGAUCACACCCUCUUGGGUUGCAUUCACUGACACCGAGCGGUUAAUCGGAGAGGCGGCAAAGAACCAAGCCCCUCAAAACGCAGAACGCACCAUAUUUGAUGUCAAGCGGCUCAUAGGGAGAAAGUUUAAUGAUCCAGAAGUUCAGAGGGACAUUAAGUUUUUGCCUUAUAAGGUUGUGAAUAAGGAAGGGAAGCCUUAUAUUCAGGUCAAGGUUAAAGGUGAGGACAAGGUGUUUAGCCCUGAGGAAAUCAGUGCUAUGAUACUGAGUAAGAUGAAGGAAACAGCUGAGGCUUAUUUGGGGAAGAAGAUCACAAACGCUGUAGUAACAGUUCCAGCUUAUUUCAAUGAUGCACAGAGGCAGGCUACUAAGGAUGCAGGCAUCAUUGCCGGGCUCAAUGUUCAGCGAAUCAUCAACGAGCCAACGGCUGCAGCCAUCGCAUAUGGUCUAGACAAGAAGGAGGAGAGGAACAUAUUGGUUUAUGAUCUUGGAGGUGGUACAUUUGAUGUUAGCAUCUUGAGUAUUGAUAAUGGUGUGUUUGAGGUGAGAUCUACUAGCGGAGACACCCAUUUGGGAGGAGAGGAUUUCGACCACAGAGUGAUGGACUAUUUCAUCAAGUUGAUCAAAAAGAAGUACAACAAGGACAUUAGCAAGGACAACAAGGCUAUAGGGAAGCUUCGCAAGGAAUGCGAGAGGGCUAAGAGGGCCUUGAGUAGCCAGCACCAGGUUCGAGUGGAGAUUGAGUCACUGUUUGAUGGUGUUGAUUUCUCGGAGCCAUUGACAAGGGCCAGGUUUGAGGAGUUGAACGUGGACUUGUUCAAGAAGACAAUGGGGCCAGUCAAAGAAGCUUUGCAAAUUGCAGGGUUGAAGAAGACAGAUAUUGAUGAGAUUGUGCUUGUGGGAGGGAGCACUAGAAUUCCGAAGGUGCAACAGCUGUUGAAGGACUUCUUUGACGGGAAAGAACUGAACAAGGGUGUCAAUCCUGAUGAGGCUGUGGCCUAUGGUGCUGCAGUUCAAGGUGGAGUCCUCAGUGGAGAAGGCGGCAAGGAUAACAAAGACCUUCUCUUGAUUGAAGCUGCUCCUUUGAGUCUUGGAAUCGAAACAGCUGGUGGUGUGAUGACAAAGUUGAUUCCAAGGGGUACCACUAUUCCGACCAAGAAGUCACAAAUCUUCACCACAUAUCAAGACCAGCAAACCGUAGUGUCGAUCAAGGUCUUUGAAGGUGAAAGGAGCUUAACAAAGGAUUGUCAUGAGCUUGGAAAAUUUGAUCUAACUGGUAUUGCACCUGCUCCAAGGGGAGUGCCACAAAUUGAGGUGACAUUUGAGGUUGAUGCUAAUGGAAUCCUACAAGUGAAAGCGGAGGACAAGGCCGCGAAGAAGUCUCAAUCCAUUACGAUUACUAAUGACAAGGGGCGUCUCAGCCAAGAAGAGAUAGACAGGAUGGUGAAGGAGGCCGAGGAGUUUGCUGAAGAAGAUAAGAAAUUGAGAGAAAAGAUAGAUGCUAGGAACAAGCUUGAGACCUAUAUAUACAACAUGAGGAGUACUAUCGGUGACAAGGACAAGCUCGCUGAUAAGAUCGACUCGGAUGACAAAGAGAACAUCGAAAGCACACUGAAGGAGGCUCUGGGGUGGUUGGAUGACAACCAAAACGCUGAGAAGGAUGAUUUUGAUGAGAAGCUGAAGGAAGUGGAAGCAGUGUGCAAUCCAGUCAUAAAGCAAGUGUAUGAGAAGAGUGGUGGAAGUUCUGCUGAUUCGCAGCAGGAGGAUGAAGAUGAACCAAAUGAUGAGUUGUAGAGUUAGAAACUAGGGGAUACGGAGACGAUUCAAUUCAAGGGUUCCAGUUUUUCAUUUGUUCAGUACUUAUUAGACUAAACUGCAGUAUGAUCAAUAUUCUAGACCUUCGUGUAUAAAUUAAGUUUCAAGAUUAAAUGGAAACCAUAGUGGUUUUCAUUUGGUGAAGAAUGUACGGCUGGAUUUUGAAUUUUUGAUGCAUAUGCUUCAUUUUUGGGUAUCCUAAAAGACUAGUCGAACUCUACUAGUUGAUACGCUUAACGCUUUUUCA